GCUAGCUGAACCGGUGAUUCUGGGCUCCUGGGUGCUUUGGCAAAGACGGGACAAAUUGCCCCUCUGCUUCUUGCAUGUUGCAAUCUGCCGGCUCUGCGCUUGAGCGUUACGCAUCCAUUAUGAUGUAUAUUUAACAUGGUGCACCUGCUUGUUUCCUUCUGGUUUGGACUUGUCCGGCAUUCACCAAGCAAACCCAAGAGCACCGUCCAUGCCAUACAUGCAACGAUAUUGCAUUUCUUGAUAAGAUUAUCACCGCAAAUUGCAGUGGACCUCCUUGCUAAGACUUAAAGAGCAAACCUACUGGGUACUUUCGACCCUAAGCCUGCUCAACCAGCAGUUUCCGAUCUUUGAUACUACAGCUGGCUCUGUAAGGCAUAAUAAAGAAAUGUGUUAAGGUAGUUUCGCAAGAUCGGCCCGGAUUUGAGGCCGAUAGCAAAGCUGGGUUGGCCCUCAGCCGUUUCCCAACGUCGUCGGCGUCGUCGCUUAGGCUUCAUCCAUAGGAUCAUUGCAGCUUUCAGGCUACUGGAUCUGGUGUCGUCUCCACAAGGAAGGCUUUCGGGCGGCGGCGUUGAGCGGGCAUUGAGCCCGCUGUGGGAAUGAUGAGCUCGGUGCUGCAAAGCAUCUCUUCAUCCUCAUGCUCUUGUCCAGCAUCCUCCAUAAGCACAGCCUGCGCGGGCGUACGUCAACGACGACCAGCAUUCCGCAUUCAUGACCCACACACCUACCCCGCAGCCUCGCUAUGGCGCGCAGCCGCACCCCAUCAACCCCUUUCCGGCUGGCUCCCACAACCCGGGAUAUGCCGUCAACGACUGAGCAGCUGCACCCCCGGCAGCUCCCGCUCCCCAAUCCAUCCCCCAUCAGAACCCCGCUCCCACAAGCACCACCCUCCGGCCCCAGCCGCAUCCUCAGCACAGGGCUCAGUCCCCGCUGCCAGCAGCCGCCUCGCGCUGCGCCCCGGCAGGUGCGGCCCCGCUGCUCGCUGCCGCGCUGUCUUCACGCCGGUGGGCUCGGAGGCCGCUGACAUGCGGGUCACGGACGGCGGCCCGGGGCUGGGAGCAGCAGCAGCAGCGGGAGCAGGCGGGCCGGGGCCUUCGUUUCAGGAUGCUGCCGUGGGGGAGCAGCAGGAGCAGCAGCGGCAGGAGGAGGCGGCGUCUGAGGAGCAAGCGGAAGAGCAGCUUCAACACGGCCAAUCAGUAGCAGGGGCAGCAUCCGCGGGCAGCAGUACGAACGGCUCCGGCUCAGCAGCGGCCGCAACCGCUGCGGCACCUGCAGCAGCCGCUGACGACGCAGCCGCCACCAGCGAAUCAGGGGAACCCGCCUCCUCCUUGUCGGACUCCUCCGCUUCGGACCCUUCCUCGGAACCCGUUCCCUUUACUCUGGACGGCCUCAGUGACGCCCAAAAAGCCGCCCUAGCUGAGGAGUGGGGCUACACCCGCCUGGGCGCUGACCUGCCGCCCGGCGCGCACCCCUCCGCCUUCUCCCGCAUGCUGCCCUCACGACUCUUCGACUUCUCCGCGCCGCGCGCCGUCGCCGCCGUCGCUCUCCCGCUCGCCGCCAUGGCUGUUGGCUACGGUUGGCUCUGGUACUGGCACUCCAUCUGCCCUCUCUGGCAGCAACUCAUCUGCGCUGUCCUCAUCGGAACCGCUUACACCGGCCUGUUCAAGGUAGCGCAUGAGUGCGCUCGCUUCAGUUUCCUGCCCCAGGCACCUGCGGUACAGGAGCUGCUGGGGUCGCUGCUGAUGCUGCCCUCCCUGUACUCCUUCCCCUGCUGGCGCCUGGGCUGGCUGCACCACCUGCUGCACCUGAACCAGCUGGGGGAGGAUGACAAGUACGGCUGGCACCCGCUGACGAAGGUUGACGUGGCUUCGGAGAUCCUGAAAACAGCGGUCGCAGCCUCACCCGCUGCGUCGUCGCAGGCUGCUGCUGCGGAUGCGGAUGCGGAGGGGGUGGUUUCGGAGGGCGAGGAGAAAGGCGGAAGCGGAAAAAGGCAACCCGGAGGGUCGUUCUGGGGUUCCAUCAGCUCAGCCGUAGCAACAGCGGUGGCGGGUGGUUAUGGCAGUUGGCGGUUGGCGUUUCACCUGCUGGUGUACGGCAGUCCGCUCAAGUUCCUGGUUGCCAGUAUAGGCCACUGGUGGCGGUCCUGGGAGGGUCUGGACCUGCGGCGCUUCCAUCCGGGCAGCCAGGUGGACAUGAUGGCGGGCUGGGCGCUGCCGCUGCUGUUCGCGGGGGUGGGCUUCCCAGCCAUGAUUGCGGCGGGGGGGCUGGCAGGUUUCUUCAGCUGCUACCUCGCCCCCUGGCUGGUCUUCCACGCCUGGCUCUCCACCCUCUCCCUCCUGCAGCACACCGCGCCGCACAUCCCCUUCCUGCCGCCCGACGCCGGCUACGACGCGGGUCGGGCCGCCAUCAGCGGCACCGUCACGCUGCGCCUGCCGCGCCCCCUGGAGCUGCUGCUCAAUGACGCCAACUAUGCGCUGCCCCAGAUCGUGGCGCCCGGACUGCCCUGCUACGCCGCCCGAGAGGCGUACGAGCACAUGCGGGAGCGGCUGCUGCCGUACCUCACGGAGGCCAGGAUGAACGUGAAGUUGCUGGUCAACCAUAUGACCAAGUGGCAGGUGUACGACGAGGAGGCCCAGACGUACCGCCCGCUGGACGAGGUGGUUGUGGAGGUGGACGCGGAUCUGGCGGCGGUGCUGCAGGAGGCGGCGGAGGAGGCGGCUGCGGAG